AUGCCCAAGCCAGCCAUAGGCCCCUUCACCGCAUCGACAGCCGAUAAAGUCAUCGUUGGGCCGAGUUCCCAAGAGCAAAUUCCUCAAACCCCCGUGACACCAGUGUCAGCAGAAGGUCUGGUGUCCCUGCAGAAUUUGAUCAUCGAGCAGGACGCGCAUGCUCUCGACGAGAAGAGCAAGCAAAGCCUACAGCGACAUCUCCGCAAGUUUUCGAAAGCGGCCCAACUAUCUUUCGCCAAAGGAGCCCUUCAGCAGAAUCAUAUCCGACUCCUGCUAAAGGUCAACGACGAGGCCAAAGUGCGACGAUCAACGAAGUCACUGGUGCUGGGAACGGCCAAGGUCAUGGGCUACGAGGAGCUCCAAGAUGUGCGCGCGAAGCGUGCUGAAACGGAGGCUGCUGAGGCGACUAAAGCUAAGGGGAAACGGGGUCGAAAGUGA